AUGACACUUGAGAAAAAAGAGUACGGUGCGCCUGGUUUCUGGCCUGGGUCGAUGAUAGGCAGGGUGCACGCGUUCGAAACGCCGGCCCCGCUGACGAGAGCACAGCUCGACCGGCUUCGCGACGAGUUCUUUGAGACCCGUACAGAAGGCCACCUGGAAAUUUGGACUGCUAUAAGGGCUGCUUCUCAUGCACAAGAAGCGGGCGACGAUGAGUUGGCAUACGCAAUUAUCACGGCUGUUGGGAUCCUGCCUGCGGAGGUGGGUCCUGCCGGUGAAGGGCUUGGCGAACGUAUCCCCUUUGCUGAACAGCCUCUGGACCGUCUACUCGGGAUGAUAUGCGGUUGUUGUUUUCCGGCUUUUACGCGUUACCGGACGUUGGAACGUGUAUAUGACCAGCGUGGUUUUCUGUACGAAACGCCGAAAGAGUGCAUUGCGACACCGUCGAACGUGCUGCCAGAUGAAAGCACUGAAGCCUCAGCACGCUAG